AUGAGGUCAGCCUGUCUCUCUCUGCUCCUUGUCACGGCGUGCUGGGCUCUGCCGCCCUUCCGCCAGUCCGGCUUCUUAGACUUCAUGAUGGAGGAUGAGGCGGGAUCAGGUUUUCCUACUGAGAUGCCAGAUGUAAGGCUCCAACCCAUGCCUGAAGGACCCAAGUGCCCCUUCAGAUGCCAGUGCCACCUGCGCGUGAUCCAGUGCUCUGACCUUGGACUGAAGGCUGUUCCCGCAGAGAUCCCAGACGACACCACCCUGCUGGACCUGCAGAACAACAAGAUCACGGAGAUCAAGGAGAACGACUUCAAGAACCUGAAAGGGCUGCAUGCUCUGAUCCUGGUCAACAACAAAAUCACCAUCAUCCACGCCAAGGCCCUGAGCCCACUGACCAAGCUGCAGCGCCUCUACCUUUCUAAGAACAUGCUCAAGGACGUGCCCGCCAACAUGCCCAAGAGCCUGCAGGAGCUGCGCAUCCACGAGAAUGAGAUCACCAAGAUCAAGAAGUCCUCCUUCCAGGGGAUGUCCCAUGUCAUCGUCAUGGAACUCGGUUCCAACCCGUUGAAGAGCGCAGGAAUCGACGCCGGUGCAUUUGCUGACCUGAAACGGGUGUCUUACAUUCGCAUUGCAGACACUAACAUCACAGAAAUCCCCAAAGGCCUGCCCAGCUCCCUCUCUGAGCUCCACCUGGAUGCAAACAAGAUCACCAAGGUGACAGCUAACAGCCUCAAGGGCCUGAAGAACCUGGCCAAGCUCGGUCUGAGCUACAAUGAGAUCAGCUCUGUGGAAAAUGGCACCCUGGCUAACGUCCCCCACCUGCGAGAGCUGCACCUCGACAACAACGCCCUGACCAGUGUUCCUCCCGGCCUGUCCGACCACAAGUACAUCCAGGUGGUCUACCUCCACGCCAACAAGAUCUCCGCCGUGGGAACAGGCGACUUCUGCCCUCCCGGCCUCAACAGCAAGAAGGCCAUGUACUCCGGCAUCAGCCUCUUCAGCAACCCCGUGCCCUACUGGGAAGUUCAGCCAAUCACCUUCCGCUGCGUCUUCGACCGCUCCGCCAUCCAGCUCGGCAACUACAGGAAGAAGUAGAGCGCGUCUCCCUCACCUCCCCCACCCGGCGCCGCGCCUCCACGAGGAAGUGUGUUUGUAAAUGAGUGUGUGAAAGUUUUUUGUUUUUGUAAGCGUGCGUGUUCGACCACAGCGCCCCCCCCUCCCCACCCCCACGCAACACUGACCCCUACCAACACUGCCUCGCCCACCACAAACCACGAUGUCAUCAAAUCCACGCGCUCAUUUCCAAAACUUAAGUGGACAUGGACCUCAAACGCGACAUAUCAUUUCAUUAUUUAGCUUCAAGGUUAGCAGAUACGGCUUACAGAGCAGACGCCUGCAUACUAUGGCGAUGCUUUCACACACACACACACACACACACACACACACACACUUCAGUCAUAGAAGCAGUUAACCAAUGCUGUAACAUAUUACUGUGCGUAAUAUUUGGCUCAAAUUCCCGAACACAAACGAUUCGAACAUAUCCCAGUUUUUCUCGACGUUAAGUAUGAAUUAUAAGCGAGCUGACCUGUAGAGCAGGCAGCGAGGGGUUUUUAACUUGUGUUUUACAAUACCGUUAACAACUGGUAUACUAGAAUGUACUAGAUAUUACCUGUGUACUAGGACUAGCAUUCGAGAGUGUAACACUGCCACGCUGCACUCCGCGAAAGAACUCCGAGUUUUUCUAUUUGUAUUGUACUCAAUUCAAGUAGAGAUAAAGAAAAAAGAAAAAGAAAAAAAAUGCGACCAUGACAUUGAUUUCUUGUGCUUAGUUUCUGGGGUUGUUUUUUUUUCACACUUUUUUCUUCAUCACAUUCCACCAUCCAUCCAUCCAUCCAUCCAUCCAUCCCUUGUUUCCUCUCCUGGUGUGAUGUUGUUGUUCCAUAAAAAUCAAGGUGAAAAUAGCUUCUAAUAAAAAAAGAAAAUGAAAUAAAAUGUAGAAUAAACCAUAUAUGUUUUAAACAGAAGCCAUUCCCAAAGAUUUAUAUGCAUGCUCUUAUUUUUUUUGUUUUGUUUUGUUUAUCUUUUCAACUUGAACCUGGUGCUUUCUGGAAUCUCUUGUUUAAUGCCUGUAUGUGAUUUCUCUCCGUGUUUCCUUUUGCCCUUUAUCUCCUUUUUUUUGUUUUUUUGUUCAAGAGUCGAGGAAAAAAAUUGGAGGGUGUACGUGGACUGGCAUGCCCACUGCAGCCAUGUUGGUGUGAAUGUUGUAUGUAUAGACGCUGUAUAUAAAUGCUGUAUAAAAAAACCUCUCAUUGCUUAAAGGCACAAGCACUUACCAUAGCUCAGACUUAAUAUAUCAGCUACAAAAGGUGUUCCUCUUUUUUUUUUCCUCCUCCCUCCCCGGAGCAGGGGCUCCAGCUAAGGUGUCCUAAACAAAAUAAAAAUACUAAUGGAAAAUGUA